AUCACCCAAAAACGCCUCUGAAUUUCGAAUUUACGGAGGAAAACAGGCACAGUUCGGUCACAUCGCUUUUUGUUGGGGGAAAAUAAUUUCGGAUUUUUCGGUUGAAAACGGAUCCACUUCCGGUCCAAAAGUGUCUCGAUCGACGGUGCGGAACUUGUUCUGUGAUUGGGGAUUGGUUUUGUGCCCGGGACGAACGAUUUUGGUGCUGUUUUUAGUGUUUGGAAAUUCUGCUAUUUUUCGAAUCGGAAGGGAAAUUGGAUCCCAUCCCAGGUAGCCUCGCCAAGAAGAGUAGGGACAAGAUCGCAAGAAAAAGAGCCGUAUCCUCCGCGAAAGCCUGUAGUGGGAAAGGAGAGGAAGAAAAGGAAGUUCAAUAACAUCUUAUUGGAAGACAGAAAAUCGGGGACAAAGUAAUUACGCGCAGGCCGACAGUGGUGUUUGGACAUCUGUUGAGUUUCGGGGUAUCGAGGAUCGAGAGUUAUCUAGGCAGUUGAGGGGUACAAAGUUCGACUUUGUCCAGCAUGGAAGCGGUGGCCAAUGGUGAGGGUAAGACCUCACCGUCCUCGGCUAGCAAGAAAUUGAAGCAAACUCGGUUACCCUUUCAGGUCCUCACGGGUUCCCCAACGCCACCGGUUGCCGCCCGGAAGACGACUCCGGUAAAAGCGCACCCGAUGGUGGUGAUUCCGUCCAACGGAAACGAUCCACCAACGUCAUCGAAAACGGAAGGUUCCACUACCAAAGUCCCAAAAGUUUCCUCGAACCGCAAACGUAAACCCUCGACGUCGGCACUCGAAGCGGAAACGCGGGCCGCCAAGAUCGGACGCAUCGCCGAGGUAAAGGAAAACGUCAAGGAUGCUCCGGUUGUGGUGCUGCUGGAUGAUGAGAGCAAUUCCGAGGAAACACAGGGAACGGCGACAAAGACUCCGGCCAAGACUGGCCAAGGUGAGUCCAGCGAAAAGAAGGUUUCCAGUAGCGGGAAGGACAAGUUUAUGAUUAAACUUCCGGUGAGCAAGAGGAAAUCUUCCGUUGGAAGGAAGGACGAUGGCGAGGAAGGUGGAGCAUCGUCAGCUAAGAAAAAGGAUAAGAAAAAGAAGAAAAAGUCCAAGGAUCAAGAUAAGCAGGGGGCGGUUUCGUCGAAGAAAGAAGCAACCGUAACGGAUCCGGAGGUUUCGAUUUUAAUUGAUGACAGUGAACUUUCAGACGGAGAGACAGAAAAAACAGAUAAGGAGGGUAAGGAAGAGUCAAAAGAAGAUAAGGAUGUAAAUGGAAAGGAGGCUGAUGCUGAACCAGUCACCUCAGAGGAGAAAAAACCUGAUAUAAUCGAAGAUGAAAACUCAGCUGGCAAAACAGAAAAAGAUACUGAGGCUGAUUCCGUAAAAGAGUCAAAGGUUGAAAAGAACACAUCUGAAACCGUUGAAGAAAAGGCAACUCCCAAAAGAAGAGGGCGUUCUUCAGUUGUUCCGAAGCCUGACUCAAACGUCGAAAAAGUGACGCUGAAACGUGGCAGAUCAGCUAAGACUGCUUCGGUGGAAUCUGGUAAGAGUGCGACCACAAAGGAAAAUGGAACUAAAGUUGACGAUGAUAAGAAAGAUGAUGAGGUUGAAGUAAUAUCAGUUUCGCAAGAAAGUUCUUCAACUGAUCAAAGGAAAGAUUCCAUUGAAAAUAAAUCUGAAAACUCGGAAAACUCGAAAGAUAAUGAUAAAAAAGAACUAGAAGUUGAAACCACUGACAACAAGACAGCUUCGAACAGGAAAUCAGCUAGAAAGAGCACUGUCAAAAAAGCUGAUGAUAAGACAGAACCAUCUAAAACGGGCUCGACCAAGAAAACUUCCAAAAACGAAUCUGUAACGGAGUCGAAAGCCAACGAAAAAUCGCAAGAGUCUGCAAAACCACCACCGAAGCCGACAAAGGGAGCAUUAGAUAAAUUUUUCGCUAAGGUGCAGACACCGGACAAAAAAGCGAAAUGUUCACCGCCGAACGGUGCCAUCGAUUCGCAGGAUGCGCUUCAGGAGGUUCCAAGAACCCCGGAAAAGACCAGAUCCGUUCCUGUGAAUCCUCAGGUGGAAAAGGUGAAGCAAACGGACCUGAACGAAUCGAUGGCGAUUGAUGAAGAUUUGCCGGAAGAAACGCCCUCGUCCAAUCCCAACAAUAGCACGGUGAUGAGCAUCUGUCUGGAUGAUUCCAGUGAUGAGGCGAAUGCUGAGGAAAAUGCCUAUAUGCUGUGUACGCCCAAUACCAAGGAACGCUCCGGAAGUGGUUCCGAUAGCAACAAAAAGCAGUCGUUUUCGGAUCGGAAACUGACUCCCAAACAGGUCGCUCGAAAGCAGGAAGCAGAAAGAAAACUGGCUCUGAAACAACAGGAAAUUGAGGAGAAAAAACGUAAGAAGCAGGAAGAAAAAGAUGCGAAAAUACGCGAAAAAGAAGAGCAAGAACGGAUGAAAAAGAAGGAAAAAGAGGAAAAGGAAGAACAGAAACGUAAGGAACGUGAAGAAAAGGAAGAGCUAAAACGAAAGGAGAAAGAAGAAAAGGACGAACAGCGCAAAAAGGAACGUGAAGAAAAGGAAAAGAAACGACUGGCUGAGAUCGAAGCGAAAAAUGAGGAGAAACGCAAAAAGGACGAACAAAAAGAAGAGGAACGCCGCAAGAAGGAAGAAGAAAAGGAAGCCGAGGAAAAGCGCAAGCAAAAAACGGCUCAAGCUUUUCAGAGCUUUUUUGUUAAGAAAGAAUCUAACGGAAAGGAACCGAAGCAGUCGGAUGAUGAAAAUUCCAUGGAUCAACUCGCCGGAAACGGAGAAUCCGGUGAGCAAAACAGUCGCUUCAUUCCGUUUUGCGUUAAGGGUAACAUGAGAUUGGCCCCGGUUUGUCGGCUGCAACUCAGCAAAAGACGGAAGCAACAGUUGGAAGAAAUUUUACUCAAAACCAGUGACGAAAAUGGAAAUGACGCCGUUGCUUACUCGAAAGAUCACUUGUAUCUGGCUCAGAUCAAAGCCGAUCGUUACGAAGUUGGACGAUGCGAUCGAACAUGGAUUGCACAAGAUGAUGAAGCCGAAGAGGACGAUGUUAUUCUUUUAGACGACGACGUGUGCCACGAAAUCGAAACGGAUCCGGCGGCGGCUCCGAGCAAACGCUACCGGGCCAAGUUCUUCCUGUUCGAGGAGAACCGGCGGCCACCGUAUCGGGGAACGUGGCGCAAACGUAGUGCUGUCAUCCAUCCUAGACGUCCGUUCGUUCAGGAUACGAAAUUUUUCGACUACGAGGUCGAUUCGGACGACGAAUGGGAGGAGGAAGAACCGGGCGAGUCUCUGCACGGAAGCGAUGACGAAAAGGACGUUGAUCCGGAGGAGGAAUACGAGGUGGACAACGACUUCUUCGUACCGCAUGGGCAUCUCAGUGACGAGGAGAUGCAGGCCGAAGACGAUGUGGACGAGGACAACAGUCCCGAAACUCAGAAGGCAAAGCUCAAAAUUAUGCAGCAAGAAUUUGCCGCCGAAAUGAAGAAGAAAACGGAAAAGAUCAAGCCCCGUUUGAUUGGCUGCCUGUGGGAGAACUCCGGGGAUCAGAACGAUCGAAGAGGUAUCGAGUGCUCGUCCGUCAUUUGGGAUAUCCUCAAAGCUCGGGCUAUGCUGUUCGAUCCGGAGGAACCGAUCUCCUUCACAGUUCAGAAGAGUGAACCGGACUCGAACAAUUCUUCGCCCUCGAAGGAUAAAGAAACAGCAGGCUCGUCAGCACCCUCGGAACGUAAGUCCAAACAGGUCAAACUGGUUGACGAAGGUGUUAAAGAGCUGAUCAAUCUCAUCCACGGAAGUGGACAAAGCAAGAAAUUCCUGCUGAUGGAGUUUCUAGCGUAUUGGGCUAAAAAACGGGACGACGGGGAACAGGCACCCAUUUUCUCAGCUGAAAGCAUCCGAGCAAAAAUUGGGGAAAUUGCCAGCUGGCGACCUUGCCCCGAUGAGGGACCGAUGCAGAAUAAAAUGUGCUGGUACGUUAAUCGGGACAUGCUGGUGAAGUAUGAGCUGACGGACAUGAAGAUUCCCACCGGUUGGCAAUUUAUUCUGAAACCGUUGGUCAAAAAGUCUACCCGGGAACGAAAGGAUCCCGCUGUAAAUGGAAGUGAAGGAAGUGCUGCCGGUGACGAUGCGGACAACGAGGAAGGAAGCUCCAAGAAAACGCCGCCGAAAAAGGAAACCGCCGAGAAGACCAACAAGAAAGUCAAAUCCUCGAAAGCAUCUGCCUCUACAAAUGGUCCACCGACUAGUAGCAACAACGGAACCAGUGCAACCGCAACGGCCACAACCACCAACAUCACCAAGUUCACCAAGAAGCUGUCGGACGAGGACAAACGAAAACAGCUGACCAAGAUCGAUCCGAGCUCCAAAUCUACCAACAGCACCGGUGAAGUUAGCACCAGCAGCAAAAAAACGCUGAAAAGUGCCGCUACCCAGGCCAAGGCGGCCACCGCAGCUAAGAAGGAAGAGGCAUCCAGCAGCAGCAGCAGUAGCACCACCAAACCCGGUGAAAAGAAACGGGUGCAGCUGCUGAUGUCGGUUCCCCGAGGGCAGCAGAUCAAUCAAACCACCAAGAACAGUUUAAUCAGUAAGUUCUUAGCAAAGGGUGGUGGUCAACAACAAUCGAGCAAAAAUGGUGAUAAUGUUGUUAGUAGUAGUGAUGAUAGUAGUAUACCUUCUUCUUCUAGCAGUACUAGCAGUGAUAGUGUUAAGGCCAAAAAACACGAAAGCAAUAGGGUUGUGGGUAAAUCGGUGGAAGCUAUGGAGGUUGAUUCUCCUGGCGACAGUGACGUUAUCUUGAUAGACGAUUAAUGGGUGUGGGUGGUUUUAGUGGAUGUUUUAUGGAAUAUUUUUUGCCCCCGGAGGACACACACCACACCGCCCCCCUGUCGCGCACGUGUUAUUCUUGUUGCAAAUAUAAAUCUGUAUUGUGUAAAUUAUUUUUGCUUCUUUAUAUACAUAUUCUGGUUUGAACUUAUAGAUUAACGAACGCGACACAAAAUAUGAUGUCGAAUGUGGACGGAAGUUCUGCAUUAAAAUUUUAGAUGUAAUUCCGAAUGGAAGAAAUCAUCAUAAUCCCAAAAUCGUGUUUAGGAUUAGCCUAUAUAGUUUUGUAUAGAUUAAGAUAUUAUAUUCAUACACUCUCAUCCCAAUUAUACAUAGCAUAAACCAUUCGUGGAAUUCGUAUUUUACAACUUGAAAAACAAAAUCUUGCUAAUAAUUUUUAAAUUUAGUGCGUCAAACAGACAUACAAUAUGCGUUAGAUUGUUUUAAAAAGUUGAAUAAACAAAACUUAAAAUAGUUAUCAAAAUCUAAUAAGUAA